AGUUUGAAAAUGUUAGGGAACGGCUCGACCGGGCGCGUUUUCCUUGGGUUUUGAAGUAUUUCUAGUGUUUCCACACUUCAUACGUUUAUUAGUUAUAGAUAUAACGUAUUUAACCAGAAACGAAAAAGUGUUUUUGCAAUUUGCCAACUGUUUCGUCUUUUAGGGAGCAAUAAAGCCGAUGGUUACGGAGCGUCAGUGACUCGCGUUGGCGUUUCGCAGCGUUGGUUCACCAACCCGUUUGACUUUAUCAUACAGUACUAUUUUUGCGCGCAUAUGAAACCUGUUUUUGGAUGUGUCAGAGUUUCUCUUCAAAUGUCGUGGACGAGCACCAUGAGUAGUGGAUACAGUAGUUUGGAAGAGGAUUCAGAGGAAUAUUUUUUCACCGCAAGAACUUCCCUGUUCAAAAAGCCUUCGGUUAAACCCACGAACCUCAAGGAUGUGGAGAAAGAGAAAGAGCUGCGCACUCAUCUCACUUAUGAGGAGAUCAGACAGAAGGUUGAGCAGUACAACACAGAGUCACGUGACCACUUUAAAAUGACACUGAAUACUAACGGCAUGUACACAGGCUUCAUCAAGGUGCAGUUGGACCUGCGGAGGCCCAUCACGGUGAAAGGAGGUGGGGCAGGAGGGGUCAAAGGUCAGGAGGCGUUUUACCUUCCGCGCGGCUCCAUAAACACCCUGCACAUCAGCAGCACCAACACGGUGCGACAGGUGAUCGAAGCCCUGCUGAGAAAGUUCACCGUGGCCGACAACCCCGCCAAGUUCGCCUUGUUCAAACGUUUCAGCAGAGAAGACCAAGUGUACACUUGUAAGCUCUCAGAGGAAGAACACCCUCUCUUCCUGCGUCUGGUGGCGGGACCCAGUACAGAUGCACUCAGCUUUGUCCUGAAGGAGCAGCAAACCGGUGAAGUCCUGUGGGACGCCUUUUCCAUCCCCGAGCUGCAGAACUUCCUCCGCAUCUUGGAUAAAGAGGAGCAGGACCAGAUUUGCUCGAUAACCAAACGCUACAACGCCUACAGAGAGAAACUGGAGGAGGCCAUGAGAGCUACGGGCGGCCCGGGAUAAAGCCAGUGCGUUACGUGAAGGAACUGUAGAACUGCUGCCUCUAGUGGUCACUGUGUGUAAUGAACACUUAUUAGGUGUCACCGUGCCAAGCGGACACCCGUUCUCAGAAACUCAGACGAGAACACUGAGCUCCCAGAAUGCACCUCAGGUGCCAUAUUUACCCACCCACCCUCUUUCACACUUUCAGUUGUUUCUCAUGUUCUUUGUUCUUUUACCUUUUGUGAACGAUGCAAAUGUGGAAAUCGGAUCUGGUUUUUAUUUAAUUGUUGGAUGCUGUGGUUUGUACAUAUUUCUGUUUUGUAGUUUUAAUUUAUGUGGGUGAAUUUUUUUUAAAAUUAUUUUACUAAAAGAGUCUUAUUUUAUGGCAAAUAUACUUACCGACCAGAAACUGAUGGGACUGGGGAUUUAUUUUAUUUUAUAUUAAAUACCAAAUGACACAAUGUGCCCUACCAAAGAUAGUGUUGAUGUGCUGUUGACAAAAUGAUGACCUGACGGCCACGUGAGACCAAACAGACAGGAAGCGCAUGUUUGUGAAAGAGAAGAUUGAAUGUGGUGAUGUAGGGACAGGAAA